AUGUCUUUAUUUGCUUGUUUUACACAGUUAUAUUUAUUUGGCUUUCUGGUGACUGCAGAAACUUGUCUCUUAUCUGUAAUGUCUUACGAUCGAUAUUUAGCUAUUUGCAAACCAUUGCAAUAUCACUUCCAUAUGAAUAACAAAGCAUGUAUCUCUUUAGCAGCUGGUUCUUGGAUAAGUGGUUGUUUUUCAGUCUCAGUUGUGGUUAUAUGGCUGUCACAGUUAACCUACUGUGGCUUCAAUGGAAUUGACCAUUUCUACUGUGAUUUUGUACCACUGAGCAAGUUAGCUUGUAGUGACACCUACAGUGUGGAGAUUCUCAUAUUUGCACUGAGUGUGGUUGUUCUCAUGCUGCCUUUUACCUUCAUAGUGAUCUCAUAUAUCCAUAUUUCCAGAGUGGUACUCAGAAUGUGCUCAGGUGAGGGACGCCAACGAGCAUUUUCUACCUGCGCUACACAUCUCAUUGUUGUCACAUUGUUCUAUAGCACCAUCGGCUUUACAUACUUGCAGCCCCGGUCUAACCGUUCUGCAGAUCAAGAGAAGAGGGCCUCAGUCUUUUAUGCUUUGGUCUCCCCUAUGCUGAACCCCAUCAUCUAUAGCUUGAGGAACAAAGAUGUCAAAGGAGCUUUGGCCAAAGUGUUGAGGAAAUUCAGAUGA